AUGGUUCCCUCCACCAAGAGAAAAAGCUCCUUCAGCGUCUCCAGCUGGUGGGCCUGCCAACAGGCAUCUCGCCCCUGGCCCUCUCUCGCACUGCACAUGGUACACUCCUGGCCUAGGUCUGACCCGAAUUCCUAUCUGCCUUCUCUGCUCGACGUCUGGGCUGCUCCCUUAUCACGAGUCGGGACCGUCCCGCGGCCUUGAUUGGUCCACUUUUGAUAUGGUCGUGUUGGUGCGGAGAGAUAAGCGCGGCGAAUCUCU